AUGGCAUCCUUAGCUGCGUCUAUGAAUCUUACAACCGCCGCGAAGUUGACGAACCCUGUCGCUGUAUUCGUUGGUGGAACAUCUGGGAUCGGACAGGGCAUGGCCGAGGCAUUUAAUCGUCACACGAAGGGCAACGCGCAUAUUAUACUCGUAGGCCGCAACCGCGAGGCGGCGGAGGGUAUCAUAUCGAAAAUGAGAUCAGCCGCUGGGGAAUCCAGAACUGGCUCGUACGAAUUUGUACCCUGCGACAUCUCUCUCAUCUCCAACGUCAAGACCGCAACCGCCGACAUUUUUGCCAAACAUCCCAAGGUCAACUUCCUUGUUCUUUCUGCUGGAAACUUAUCCAUCUCGCGCCCCGAGACGGAGGAGGGUCUCGACAAGAAACUGGCCGUGCAGUAUUACAGUCGGUGGUCGUUCAUCCACGGACUCCUCCCAGCAAUGCGGGCCGCAAGAGACGCGAACGAAGAUGCGAAAGUCAUGUCCAUUUUCGCUGCCGGGUACGGAGGGCCCAUCGACGUCGACGAUCUCGGGCUCAAGAAGCGGUUUAACCCCGCCAUUUCAGGGCCAUGCUCGACAUACAACGACCUCAUGUGCGAGGAAUAUGCGCUGCGCAAUCCCGGAAUCGCGUUCGCGCACGCCUUCCCAGGAUUUGUGCGCACUAAUUUCCUCAAGGCAUCUGAGUCAAUCCUUUUCCGCGCAAGCAACAUACUCCUCCCUCUUUUCUACCUCUUCACUGUUUCCCAGGAUGAGUGUGGGGAGUAUCUCUGGAAGGGACUUUAUCGUAGCGCCGCGCGGGCUGCCGGCUCCGCGGGCGUAUUGGGCGCAUACCGCAUCGGGAGCAACGGUGAUAAUUUGGGGACGAAGAAGUACUUUGGAACGCCCGAGCAGCGCAAGGCGCUGUGGGAGCAUACUUGCAAGGAGACGAAUACCGUUGACGCGUAG